AUGGACUUCACCGACUUAAAUAAAGUCUAUCCAAAGGAUAGUUUCCCGCUUCCACGAGUUGAUGUCACUAUAGACUCCACUGCGGGACACAAAGUUCUAAGCUUCAUGGAUGCAUAUUCGGGGUAUAAUCAAAUUUGGAUGAACAAGACGGAUGCGGAAAAGAUUACAUUCAUCAUCGACAAAGGCCUUUACUGUUACCGAGUGAUGCCCUUUGGGUUGAAAAACGCUGGGGCAACAUAUCAAAGGCUGGUAAAUCAGAUGUUCAAACCCCAAAUUGGCAAAACCAUGGAGGUUAACUCAAGCAAGUUCUUGAGAUUCAUGAUGUUAGAGAAGAUAGAUGCCAUCUUAAACUUGGCUCUACCACGGAGCAUUAAUGAUGCCCAACGACUAGAGGGAAGGGUAGCCACCUUAAACAGGUCCCUCAGACCAGAGUGGGCCAAAGAGAUAUUGGAGUAUUUAGAAGCCAACAAGCUUCUAGAAAGGAAAGAGGCAGCAAGGAAAGUGAGAAGGAAUGCGACGCUAUUCAUCAUAAUUGAUGGAGUUUCGUAUAAGAAGGGUUUUGCGGCUCCCUUGCUAAGGUGCAUCUCACCUGAGGAAGCACAAUUUGGCAUUCCUAACAGCAUAGUCUUUGACAAUGGGAAGCAAUUCGACUCAGACCAUUAUAGAGAAUGGUGUCGAGAGCUGGGCAUCCAAGUAAAGUACUCAUCACCAAGGCAGCCACAAGCAAAGGGACAAGCAAAAUCAACAAACAAAUCCUUGCUAGGGAUAUUAAAGAAGAAACUCGGUGAGAAGAAAGGAGCAUGGAUAGAAGAACUCCUAGGGGUCUUAUGGGCCUACAAAACAACAAUGAAGACCCUAACGGGCAGAACACUAUUCACUUUGGCCUUUGGGAGUGAAGCGGUCGCCCUUGUAGAAGUUGCCUUGCCCACAUACCGAACCAACCACUUCAACUCAGUUGACAACAAUGAAACACUUGAGGAGCAUCUCGACCUAUUUGAAGAGAUGAGGGAAGAAGCGGAAGUCCAGAACAUCCUUAACUAA